CCACCCUCCCCCUCCUCUCCCCUCCCGCAAGCCGGCGUCCGCGGAUGCGCCGGCGCGCUCCCGCCCCCAAACCCUAGGCCCGAUCCCGAUGGCGACGCCGCGCUGGGGGCCCCCGGCGUCGCCGGUCACCGGCGACCGCUACCUCGACCUGCUGGUCCGCUUCGUGGAACGCAACGCGGGCGCGCUGCUCGACGGCACCGUCACCCUGCGCCUCCACCCCGUCGGGCUCCACUACGUCGCCUCUCGCCUCGAGGCGCUGCGGGAGCUCGAGGCCGUGGGCGCCGGCGCGCCCGUCGACUACCUCCGCGCCUACGUCGCCGACCUCGGCGACCACCGCGCGCUCGAGCAGCUCCGCCGGAUCCUGCGCCUCCUCACCUCGCUCAAGGUCGUCGCCGCGGGGCCCGGCCGCGACCCGGCGCCGCUCUCGCUCCUGCCCUUCGCGCGCCUGCGCGUGCUCGAGCUGCGGGGCUGCGACCUCUCCACAUCCGCCGCCAGGGGGCUGCUCGACCUCCGACACACCCUCGAGAAGCUCGUCUGUUACGAUUCUACGGAUGCUCUUAGGCAUGUUUUCGCAAGUAGAAUCACGGAUAUCAAGGACUCUCCUGUAUGGAGCAAACUUUCAUACGUCUCAUGUACAUCUAAUGGCAUAGUACUCAUGGAUGAGUCACUGCGAUUGUUACCGGCAAUCGAAACACUGGAUCUUAGUCGCAACAAGUUUGCAAAGGUGGACAAUCUGCGGAAAUGUACAAAGUUGCAAAAUCUGGAUCUUGGGUUUAACCAUUUGCGUUCGAUCUCAUCCUUGAGUGAGGUUUCCAGUCGAAUUGUAAAACUUGUUGUGAGGAAUAACGCUUUAACUACAAUACAUGGGAUUGAGAAUCUCAAAUCACUCAUGGGGCUUGAUCUCUCGUACAAUAUCAUCUCAAAUUUCUCAGAAUUGGAAAUCCUGGGCACCUUAUCUCUAUUGCAGAACCUCUGGUUGGAAGGCAAUCCUAUCUGCUGUGCUCGGUGGUAUCGAGCACAUGUGUUCAGUUUUUUCCGUAAUCCAGAGAAUUUGAAGUUAGAUGAUAAAGGUAUGAACACACAAGAAUACUGGGAAAAGCAAGUACUGUUUGCAUGCAGACAAAAUCAUCCUGCUGGUUAUGGGUUUUAUUUCCCUGCAGUAGAUGAUCAUGAAGAUGAAGAAACGUUAACUUCAAAAAUGAGAAAAAUUUCUCGACUUGCCAGCAUAGUGGAGGGAGAGACAAAUCUCUGUGAUGAUGGUAUAGACCAGCAGUCCACCCCCUGUGAUAGUGACAGUUCUAAGAAGGAUGAGACUGCAGCUACUGAUCAUGAUGUAAGAAUUGCUUCAUUGAUAAACACCGCUGAAUUGCUGAAGAAACAAAAAUCAAGUAAUUGGCUCCGUGAAUUUAAGGAGUGGAUGGAUGACAAUGCAGAGAAAACUGAAGGUGAAAACCUACCUGCUGACUUCGCCAAUGGCAAUGGAAGGUAUAUUAGACAAAAGAAAAGGCAGAGAGCACCGAAGGAGACUUCAAGUAACAUGUCGGAUUUGGUACAUGUAUCAGAAGGUGGGAGCAGCUCAAACCUUUUGGAAUCUUAUUCAUCUUUCACAGAUGCAUGGUCUGGUUCUAAUGGAAUCAUCAAAGAUUCCACAAAUGAAGUGAAUGGAGACCAAGCUCAUGUAAUGAUGCACUUGAAUUCUUUUCAACGACCUACUCCCCUUGAGUUAGUAGGCACUUCACAUAGUGACCCCUUCUCUGAAUUGGAAGAUGGUUCUAAAAAUAUGCUGGCAAAUGGAACACCAUCCAAUACAAUGAGCAAGUUAAUAGAAUCGAGUCCAUACAGUGCAUAUCCUAGUCCACAGUCACCUCCACAAUACAAGGAAGACAUUCUACAUCGCAGACUUUUCCUGGAGGAAGAAUUUUUGCAGAUUUCAGGGCAUCUUCAUUCUGUCGGUUCACUCGGUAGUGGUAGCAGCUGCAGCGAUGAUUCUUCAGAUGAUUUUUGUUCAUGCAAUUCGGAAGGUGAUUGCGCAGAAAUUCAGACAAAGAUGGAGUUGGCUCUUAAUGGACAGGUAGCUUCAUUUCAUUUUGUAGAUGGUCAUCAUGAGGGAAAGUACUUCUUAGGGGAAAAAAGUUUGUCUGACCAUUCAGCAGAAGAUGAACCAAGUCUUACAGGUCACAGAGAGUUUGAUAUUGAGGAGUUUCAUGGCAGUAACCAAAGGAAUGGUCAUCUCGGUCACAAUUCAGGCCAUUUAUUUGGACAAAAAGGCAAGCAGAAGUUUGAGAGGAGUGUAUUUCCUUUCAAGAAUCAUAGAGGUACGGAACUACAAAAUAUUAAAAUGGAUGGCGAUAAGGUGGAUGAGCAUGUUUUAGUUGAAGGAAAUGGCCAUUUGACAUGCAACCGGCAGAAGUUUGAGAGGAGUGUAUUUCCUUUCAAGAAUCAUAAAGGUACGGAACUACAAAAUAUUAAAAUGGAUGGCGAUAAGGUGGGUGAGCAUGUUUUAGUUGAAGGAAAUGGCCAUUUGACAUGCAACCAGAUGAGAAGUACUCACAAGGAAGGAGGCUCUGAAAACCGUUAUUCAAGAAUCCUGCCUAAGAAUAUCAGCACAAAUAUGAUUUGUUGUAACACAGACAAACACAAGAUUGUUGAGGAUAUCUUCAACUUGGAAGUAGCAAACAAGGACAAGUCUGAAACAUGUGAACAAGUAGCCUGUUGUGCGUACCUGUUUCAGGAUGCAAGUGCUUUAGCUCAAAGAGAGGUAGCAUUGGUGCGAAGUUCUCAAAACAAAUUGUAUGUACUGCUACUUGAUAUGGUUUGUGAUGGAAAAGAAACCAUCCCAAGAGUUUUGGGCUGCUAUACUCUGGAAAGUCUGGAAAAAGUUACAAUUGGGCUGGGACUAAGGGCACUGAGGGUACACAUGGUAGACGAUACAGCCCAUCUAUUAUUCACACGGACUUCCAAGGAAGCACAAGAUGUGCUUUGGCUCUUGAGUGUAACUAACUUCCCCAAACUAGACCGUGAGAUACAUUUGCAAAGUUGGGAGAACAUCCAAGUUAAAUUAUUUGAGAAAUGUAUAUGUGGAUCUGCAAAGAUGGGAAUUUUCCUCUACUCUAUGUUGAUGUUCUGGAGGAAUGAUGCUGAAGAAGACUCCCUUUUUAUCAGAUCCAUCUUUGUCACUGAAAGAUCAAUAUUGGUGUGUAUUGAGGACCUAGAUCUGUUUGGUGGUGUGCCUAAUGAUUCAGAUCCUCCAUACUUUUCUCUUGAUGCAUCAUGUUCUAUUCACAAUAUUCAAGAAGUGGUCAUGGAUCAACACAACGACAAAUGUUUGACAUUGAUUUUGGACAAUCAUAGGCAAGGAGAGUUUCACAAUAGCAUCCAGAAUCAGAGUAACAAGCAGUCUGAUGAAAUCGAUAGUGUACAUACAUGGAAACUUGAGUGGUUCUCUCAAGAAGCACUUCUGAAGUUCAUUUCUGUAAUUAAGGCUCUUUACUCGACAGCAGCAGCUUCGUCUUUACCUGUAAAGUGUAUAUCCUGAUAGUGUUGGUUCUUGUAGUUAGUGAUUUCAUUCGUUCUUUUGCGGGUUGUAUGUAGACGUUUGUCUUUAUAGUUUGAUAGUUAGGUUCCAGGUUUGUGCUCGAUAUAUUCUUUGUAGUUAGUAUAGAAAGUUUUCCCGCCCUGAAGUUGUACAGCACAGUGCUAGGAGUGUAAAUGAAUGGGAUUGCCGUUUUGGCAACGAGCGGUUUUGGAAACGUUA